AUGGCUUCCUCGGCAAUUACACAACGGUUGAAGCAGUGGACAUCAUGCGACAUUGCCGACGGCUUGGUCAAGCUUAGUCAGCCUCAUGGUGGCUUUUUGGACGGUCUUACCAUGUACUCCCCCCAAUACCAGAGCGAAGGUAUCAAGAUCGUAGGGCCGGCAUACACGGUCAAGUUCGUGCCAAAGGCGGAUACCAAUGCACCCAAGCCGAAAGGGAACUAUAUUGAUUCAAUCCCAAAAGAUGCUGUGGUGUUCAUCUCCCAGCCUCAGCCCCACAUCAACGCCGUAUACGGUGGUCUGAUGUCACUGCGCGCUCAACAUCUUGGAGCCGCAGGUGUCAUCAUUGAUGGCAAAGUACGCGACCUCCAGGAACAUCGCAACCUCAACUUCCCCCUCUUCGCGAAAGGUGUUGGCACUACGGCUGGUGGACCAGUGUGUCGACCUUCGGAAGUUGAUGUUCCUGUGAAACUGAACUCCGACGCUUAUGAAGCUUGGGUCAACCCGGGUGAUUAUAUCAUUGCCGAUAUCGACGGAGUAGUAUGUUUGCCAAAGGAGUUGGCGGAAGAUGUGCUUGGUGUUGUCGAAUCAAUUGUGAGAGCAGAUGAGAAGUGUGCUGAGGGUAUAAGAGAAGGAAGAAGUGUUGAGGAUGUAUUCAAAGAGUUCAGAAAACCUUGA